AUGGUAACCAUCAACCUGUGCCCAUUGCAAGCAGACCCAAUUUCUAUGGAAGUAAAUCACAAUGUCACGGUAGCCGAAUCCGACAUAACGUAUGCUCCAUCUCCUUCUAGAGACCCAGCAUUGGCAAUUUGUGCGUCGAGAAUAACGUUAGACUGCGGCGUCGAGAUUAUUAGAAACGACGAAUUCUUUACAGUUCAUUUGGGGGAUAAAUGUUGUAGGCAGCUCAUACGGAUGGGUAAGACAUGUAACGAUUUGAUUGUUCAUGAUCUGCUCUCUGAUUUCGCUAAGUUUAAGAAACGAUCUACUGAAAUGCAUCAAAGGAGUGAUUAUCUUUGGAACAAGUGCCUCAACGUCGGCACUUCCAAUUCCUAUACCGAGCAGAAAUGGCUUUCAGGGUUUUUGGAGACUGGAAAGAUAAUAAUCGAUGUGGGGAAUACAGUUGCAAAAAUGCUACAUGGUUAA